CACAGCGGUGGUGGAGAUUUAACCACUGCGAUGUCCCAAACCAAGCUGUUGUUCAAUGAAGCCAUGCCUGCAAGCACCAGCAACCGUGCGACCCGUGUACAUCUACCAGCCCCCAUUGUGAUUGAGAAACUGCUGCCACUGUCAGAGGAGCGGGAGAAUGGGGACAGCACCAGGAGCUCAUUCAGCUUCACUGCUCUCUCCGAGGAGAGGCUGCAGGCUGCAGUUAAGCUGGCAAAGAGAGAUCUUAGACGGAGGCACCUUGUGUCACUGAACCAAUCUCCUGCCAGACCUUCCCAAGAGGUCUCCCUCUUUGAGACGAGUGAUGUAGAGCUACUUCAGGAGCUAGGGACCAAUCCAAGUAAGACUAAAUUAAAAGCCUCCAGUCCAAAGGAGAAGGCGUCCCGACCUGGAGCCAAACAGUCAGAGCACGCAUACCACAAGCGUCUUGCUUCUCCCACGCCAAGGGUUGGCCAGUCACCCCCAACCAAAGAUCCUGGCCCAAUGCCGUUGGAAAGAGCAGGCCAGCAGGCUCCGUUAAGCCAGGAGAUCCACAAGCUGCAAAAUGAGCUGGAAGUUUACAUCCAGAAAGUCGAACAACUAGCUAACAGCGGGGAGAAAAUGAAGGAGCCACUGGAUCCUGAUGAGCAAAACAAGCUGGAGAUACGCAGGCAGAAGCAGGCAGCCCGCUCAGCACGUAUCAUCUAUGUUCUCCAACAACAGGUAAAAGAGAUACAAGAAGACAUAAAGACACUACGCAGCCACAAAACAUGGGACACCAAAAAGUUCACAGCAAUAAACAGGCUAGCAGCAGCCCACCGGGGGACACUGAGGGCCUUGCAGGUUGUUAUCCACCAGUUGUCGGAUCAAUCUCAUAGCAAGGUCCCCCCUCAUUACAGAGAGUUGGGCCAGCUUAUUCGCCAGCUCUCUUUGUGCUCAGCUAAGAUAGAGGUGGAUCAGGGUUCAGCUGUGCCUGAAACGGCCCUCGACAUCCUGCAGAAACUGGAGACUUUGGAUUCUGCCCUCAAUAAACAAGAGAUGCUGCAAAAGAUGCAAGCCCAAGCAUAUCCUCCACGCAGGAAGUCUCCUCAUCGCAGCACGUCACCCACAAGUGCACCCAAGGGUCACAGCACCUCAAUUGCUCGGGGACCUCGCAAGCCAGCAAAUCCCAAAAGAAAUAUUCGAGGUAGGAGAAUGGUGUCACAGAAGCCCAAAAUGACCUCUUCUCUCCAGCCCAUGAGCAGAGCAGAGGUGCUCAAGGCCGGCCUGGAGAGUCUCGCCCAGCAGAGGGAGCUGCGAGAGCCGGGGCGAUGUAAGACCAACACUACCCACAGAAAAGGAGGGGCGCUACACUCUGAGAUGAGCAAAGCUGACAAAAUAAUGAAGCAUAAUCAAAUGCAAGAUGCAGGCUUCCAGCAGCCUACAGUGUCCUCUCGACUUAGAGUGAACCAGCUCCCUCAGAAAGAGCCCUCUGUGCCCUGGAUGCCUGCAUCGCCUCACUCUCCUCCUCCGCACAGAUCUCCUCAGAGGAGGAGACCAGAGCCUCGAUGUCUCUUCUCUCCUGUGAAGCCCUCACCAAGCCCUCCAAAGCAGCAGGUGGCUGGCAGUUUUGGAGAAGAGCCAACUUUAGACUCAGGAAUGAAGAAACAAGCUCAGAAUGAAGCAUUAAGGAAAGCCUGGAUGGAUAAGAUGACAAUGCAGAGAAUGAAAGAGCUCAAUCAGCUGAGUCAAGAAGAGGCUGAACGCAUUCAAAGAUUAAGGUCUGAAGUUGUCUCGCCAACUCAGUGGGCUGAGCGAGCUGAGCAGGAGGCCAGAGAACGAAUUCAGCCUCUUCUGGAUGAAGCGCAGAUUGCUGAGUCUAGGAACAGGAUUAGCCCCUCACUAAGGAAUAGACUGUCUGAGCAGGCUGCACAGAGGGCAGCAGAGAGCGCUGAGCAGCUGAGUGAAGCCCUUCUGGAAGAUCUGUUGGAGGAUACUGCGCGGGCGGCGUGGGUGACUGAGGCAGACAGAGAAUUGGAAAGCAUAGCCGAGUGUAGGCUGCAGGCCCCCACCCUAGAGAGUAUGCUUCUUCGCAUGGAGGAGAUACAGAAAGAUCAAGAGGAAGUGAGGAGACGGUUUGCUUCUAUCACCUAUUCAGACCCUCUUUACUGGGACCGACCAGGACCAGCAGAACCCCAGCGCAAUGUUUCGGGCUCCAGGCCAGCCUCUCCUCUGCCAAUUAGGCUCACAAGACCAGUGUUGAGACAGGGCUCUGCAGCUGAUAUUGUCCUAGAGAAUCCUGUAGAGACUGGACACAGUAUCCUCUCUGAGAACAGCUUCACAGAGGAGGCAUCACAAGAAGAGCAGCGGACAAGACACAGCAAGAUUUUUCCGGGUCCAGUGGAGAGGAACACAGGGACUGUUAUCUCUGUGCCAGGCAGCAUGCUGAGAAGCAUCCGCAGAUACAGGGAAGACUACGAGGCCUACCUACGCAUUGUGGCUCAUGAGGCUGUCGGUAGCUUCAACCCCUGGGCCAUCACUGACAGCUUGGCGGAGGAGUUACUGUCGGAGGCUCUGGCUGACGUGGCAUCAGAGUUUCAGGACGUUGUAGAGGAGUACGCAGAGGCCGUCUUCACCUCAGAGUUCCUUCAGCCGAUCCAGUCACCUCCUGCUUCAGCUCCGGCUUUAGUCAGCUAAUAGUGUUACAUUGAAGCUGUGACAAUUUCUUACCAAUUGUUCCAAGGUGUGUUUAUUUUAGUGGACAAAUCUGCAUUUUGACAUUUUACUACUAGGAUAUGAAAUAUCAAAGAUCCAGGUUUAUUUUGUUGCAAAGAACUGUGAUUAUUCGUUGUUUUUCUGUAGUUUUGUAAAUCUAACAAGCAAAUAUUUUAUUUUGCAGUGAAAAUUUUGAUGUAUGUAUUUAUAUUGUUAUUGUACACAGAUCUGAAAAAGUGUUUAUAGAUCACUCCUUUGAUAUGACAACAUGGGACUUAAUUUAAUUGGAAAUGUCGUUUUUUUUUUUAUUGAAGCGGCAGCAGACAAGACUUGAAUUACUCAGGGAGCUGUAGUCUCAUUAUUUUUUAUGGUCCAUCUGUAUGUGUGAUUGAAUUCCACCGGGAAAGUUAGUUUAGUUUAGAUAAGCUUUGAGAGACCAUUACGACAUUACAGAGGAUUAUAAGAUUACUGCCCUUCCCUUGCACAUAGUUUAAAUCUCCCUGAGGAUUACUGACACUUUCUAUUUUCAUGGUGCAAGAUGGAAAUAAAUGAAUUACAUAUGGUUUCCAUCAAAAUGAUGUUGGAUGCUGAGGGCAUCAUCUGUUAAUCAAUUUCCUCUUUUGUUUUAAUGUCUCAAUAAAGGGUCUGAACGCAACAGGGAGCUUUAAUUCCACUCACUGGUUAAUGUGUUAUCUGGGUAAGUUAUGACCACUGUGAGGAGAUAGAGUACAGAAGAAAGAAAUGUAAUGCGCAUUGAGAUGACAUGGACAUGUUUUGGCAGCUCUUCGAUAUAUACAUUCACAAUUCAUGAGGACUCACCAGAGAGAGCCCCUCAAAAUAUGGACACUAGUUUAUAUACUGUGGGGCUGUCCAAAUGUAUCCUGCCUAGUAAUGGUGAAAUGUGUCAAUCAUGAAUGCAAAAAUAAACAGGGUGGACUCAGCAGACUGAGCAGACUCUUGGCCCUCAGAGAGCAACAUGAAAGCCAUGCAGACAGUGCACAGGGGACACAUCCAGAUGUUGCGCUGGCCUGUGGGGACCAGCCUUUGACAGGGGACAUACAAUGACUGAAUGAAUUAGCUCACAUCGGAUCAGCUGCCCCUAUUUUCUCUGAGGCUGGGUUUCUGCGUGGGCGUCCGAAUAUGUGCAGGCUUUCACAGGCUCGAGCAAAUUCGUUCUUUUCGAUCUAGGACAAAUAGAAAUCGGUAGGCUCAAAACGAGCAGAGUGCCGCAGUCCUUACUCUGACAUACAGAGCUGAGGUUGCACUGACGUCAAGUCAUUGGAAUACAAGAAACGUAUGAAAUGACUUAAUAUUCAAGAGCAAGUUUUGUUCUGUUCAAAUUAUAGCUCAGAAAUCAUAAAUGUGUCUACCAAAAGACAUUUGAAAGGCAAGGCAGAAUAUACUUUCAUUUCUGCCACCUCAGCAGCCUCCCUUUUGCAUUUGACUGUGAGACUGU